AUAAAGUAGCAAAUUAUCGUUCCUGAAUAGGUGGCGCCGUGGUAGCGGAUCUUGUUCCUCAACUUCCGGUUUCUGCACUGUGCAACUAUUUCAGUUAUAUUUUUAAUUAACGAUGCCAAGUACUUGUUGUUGUGCACCUGGAUGUCAUUUAAGAGGAGGACAUGCAUUUCCAAAUGACUUAAAAAGAAGGAAAAGUUGGAUCAACGCCCUGGCCCAUACGCAGAUUGGACGAGAACACGAUGAAAUCGUGGAGUCCAUCUCAAUCAGCUGUUGUUUGCAAGGCACGUUUUACUGAAAAAGACUACGUACAGGAAACUAUUUAUGGGCGCAAACCCACCAUACAGAGACUUAAGUCUACUGCCAUUCCCAGCCUAUUUUCCUGGACCAAGCAAGAGACUGAAUCGUCCGCAAAAAGAAAAAUCAGGGCAGUUUCCUGUGAAAACAAAAGAACUAAACUUGAUGAAUAUUGUAGUAAAAAUCUAGAGGAAAGUUUUGAUUGUAAAGUUGGUUUUCCUGAAGAAGUCAUUCAUACUGCAGAAAGGAUUUAUGACUGUCCACCACCAACUGCCGAGCUAAUGUUGAGCUUCACAGAUGGAAUUACGCAAACACCAUCAAUGCCUAUGUUUUCAGCAGAUAAUUUUUAAAUGAAGACACGUGACACAGCCAUGCAUUUUUAUACCGGUUUAGAGUUGUAUACUAAAUUUUUAUUUGUUUUGACCACAUUUGGUCCAGCAGCACAUUGUUUGAGAUACAUAUAUUUUCAAAUUGAUAGGGUGUCAGUUGAAAAUCAGUUUUUUUUAUGACUUUGAUGAAAUUGAGGCAUUAUACAACCAACUUUGAA